AAUCAUAACUAAAAUCCCAUUAGUAUGCAGCUUUUUUCGCGUACUAAAUAUUUCCAUAACUAACAGGGAAAAUAAAAACUGGAAUCCCAUAUUCAAUGUGCAAAUUUCAACUGCGAAUUCUCGGAAUGUACGACUUAAAAUAGUUUUCUGAUUUCUGAAAUGAAAUGUAGAGUACGUAUGAAAGGCGUAUCUGAAAAAAACUUAUAAAAAUGAGUAUGUUGGGAAUACAUCAGUUGGAAACGGAAUAGUGUAUACUUCUGCCAAGAGAGUGUAGCAAGAAAGAUCGAUAUCAAUGCAGAUCGAAACGACCGAGUCGUAACUUGCCGGUAGCGUAUUGUUACCCAUCGUUUUAUAAAUGAGUGAGUACAAAGAAUUGGUCAGUGAUUUGAAACUGGGAGAAACGUUAUUCCAGCAAGCUGAGGAAAGCUCGAAGUUUUGUGACGUCGUCAUCGUAUAUGGCCUGCCAGAUGACAUGGAACAAAUCUGCGUCCACUGGUGUGUGUUGGUACAAUGUCCGUACUUUGAAGCCAUGUUCAGAAGUGGAUUGGAAGAAAAGCAACAGGGAAAGAUAUUUAUUACAGAGUCUUUACAUGAAGAAGCUGUAAGCGCAGUGAUUGGAUUUCUUUAUAAAGGAGAGGUGAAUUUGGAGUAUCGACUUAUUGGAGACGUGCUAAAUGCGGCGGACUAUUUCCAGUUUGGUGACUUGCAUGCAGUUUGCAAAAGGGACCUGUUAACUGUGCCAUUGACAAAAGAAAAUUGUGUUGAGCUUUUGACGAUAGCUGGUCGUUACAAUUUUGAAGAUCUACAGACGCGUUCAAUGACAUACAUAACUAACAAUUUGAUUCAGAUUAUUGAACACCCAGCCAAUAGUAAAGCUAUCACUGAUAUGAUGAUGAUACAAAUAUGGGAUAAAGCGAACCGUGACAAGAAAUGUCAAAUGACCCUGUUUAAUUUCUGCCGAACUUGGCUUUGUUAUGAUGUAAAUAAUCGCAAACAAUCAUUUGAAAAGUUGUUCUGCUCUUUAAACUUGAACGAAACGACUCACGAAUUCUUUCAAUCUUUAUCGUAUGACUAUGUCCAAACGUUCAAGAUAUGCCGUUUAUUUUAUGUACAUUUCAACAGUCAAAACUUUCAAACUAGACUAACAUUUACAGCGGACACAAUUGGCGUUGUUUUACUUGUAGCCAAGAUUCCGCAGCUACAAAAAUCAGGAGGAAUAUAUGCAUACGCGAUAGGCUCUGAACGUUGGUCCUUUCUUACCAGAUUACCGCGGGAACUACGAGAAUUCGACUACUACAAAUAUUGCAUUGGUGUUGACCCACCUGGGAAAUUCAUUUACGUGAUUAGGAAAAUAAAGCACAAUCUAAGUAAACAUUCAGCUGUUUUGGAAAUUCCUACACAUAGAUACGAUUGUGAACUAAAUACGUGGGCGCAUGAGACAUACAAACUUAAUAUAAAGAAUGAAAGACAGGUCAGUAUUGUUGGAAUAGUUUGUGAUAAAACUGGGAUAUUUCUUAUUGCCGAGACGGUGUUGCGUAAACGGCGGUGUACAAAUGUACAAUUAUUAGCAUGUCGUGAGGACACGACACUCGUGGAAGUAGCUUUAGUACCAAAUAUUUGCAAACGAUGGUACGGUAGAUGUGAUAUUAAAUAUUGUGUUGUUGGAGACAGUUCUAUUAUAGUGUUGUGUAUUGACAUUGGACAAAGAACAAUUAAAAUAUCAGUAACGAAUACAAACAUGUCACAAACAAAUAUUUGUAAAACGAUUAAAGAAUCGCAUAUUGGAUACAAUGCCGGGUUUGCAGCAAAUGAAAUGUUGUACACAAAUGGGACAUGUGGCAUUAUUUCCCGUUUUGGCAGCGAGCAUCACAGAGAAGUGAGUAUUUCGCCAGUUCAAUGUACGGCAGUUGAAGGCGAAGUGCUUCCCAGAUACAGGGGCGAUGAGGAAGGGCUGCAACUAGAUAAUUUUGUAACGGGAAAUGGUGAAAAUGUUGUCUCCGUAUACGACAAGCGAACACAAACGUUACGAGUAAUUAAUUGCAUCACAAAGGAACAGCAUGACGCACCACCGUUUCCAUACGACUUCCAGGACUGCACAUUGGUCCAUGCGAAUAUGGCAGCAAGAUUACUCAAGUGUCGCAUCGACUGUCCACAUUGUCUGUUUGAAAUAAAAUCCGAUAUUCAUUAGUUUUGAGCACGAAACGGAGACAUAAACACGGUAUAUUUGUGGAAAUGGUACAUGAUGAAAAAUGCGAUAGGAUUGUUUCUUUUGUCGUCGUCAUCAUUAGACAAUAAAAGCGUUGCAGUAAUUUACAGUCACAAAGAUUGCAAAAUGCUUCUAUUUAUAAGACUGUGGUCAACAGUCAAGUAUAGAGAUGCGAAACUAGACAUUUACUCAGCUCGUUUUUUCUCUUCUAAAAGUUGUUAUUUUGACAUUUUAAUGACAUGUUUUUAUAUAAUUGAACUGUGUUUCUUUUCAUCAAACUGCGACGUAUCAGUAUGCGCAUGUUUUGUUUAAUUUACUUUUACUUAAUUUCUCAGGGUGACAAGGAUUUCACGAGUUAAUCUGUUUGUGGUGCAAACCUUUAUACAUUUUUAUAAGUGUUGUCCUAACGCAAUAGACCCUUUCAGUUAUUCGCAUUUACUAGUGUAAGAGUUGUGUCCCUUAGCCGGAUGUGACGUAAUGAGAUGAUACAAAAUCCGCCAGAGAGAAAAUUGUACAGUGUCGCUGAUAAUACCAACGUCUCUUGCACUAUACCGUAUAUGCGUAAAUUGCACAAAUAUUUCAUUUUUUAUUAUAUUGACGCCUAUUAAAGCUAUCGCUUUUCGCAUAUUUAAUUUUAGUACAUUUAGGCGUGAAAAUGCAUUAAACAUUCCGUUCAAUAACCCUGUGUGUCUCAAGACAAAUCCCGCACUGUUACCACAAAACUUUAAACGUAAAUAUUUUAUUUAUUUUAAAAUGCCAAAUAUUAAAAAAAGCGCUGAAUGUUUAUAUUUUAAUGGUAUUGAUCAUUGGAAUAUGAUUUGAGCGCUUUUUUACCACUUGGGAACAUGACCUUUACCAUUGAAAAUGGUAAUUGAAGUGUAAAUUCACCCCACCUUAGACUCCGCCCACUGGUUGGCAAAAAGAGGUGGAAUUCAUAUAAGCGCAUAAAGAGAAGGCUGACAAAAUCAUCGUUUGUAAAAAUAAUCAUACAACAAAUCAAAUAAAAUUUUACUAGUUAUGUCUGAAUAAAACUCGGGAGUAGAAGACAAUGUAAAAGCUCGGUAUGUGCAUGGUUAUGACAAAAAUCUCCAUACUUGGCACUUCUUCGCGACCUUUUUUUUGUUAAAAAAUUCUCUCAUCAAUUGAACUUAUUUCAGAAUAAAUUAAAUUUAACGAACGAAAACAAGUUAUUGUGAAAACAAACAACAAUUAAAUAGAUCGAUUUUAUGUACGCAACAUAUUGUACCAGAUUUGAAACUUUAUUUGUCUGAACAAACGUACCUUGUCACACAUAAAAUAAAUUCUCUUGAAUAAUGUAAUUGUUUCACACCAAUGUUGACACUCUUUGUUGUAGCAUUUUUAUCCUGGUGUUUUAUUGCACCUUCGUUCAUCACAACCCGAUUAUCUCGUUAUGAUCGGAUACUGCCCAGACAAUUACAAAGAAAACGAGGUGUCAUAAACCCAGGGACCUAUACUUGGGUCCCUGCAGAAACCACAUGUUGCAGCCUAGUGUCUGGUAAUAAAACACAAUUUAUGAUACCCCCAUGUCAUCCCCCCUUGGCAUAUUAAGCAGUCAUUUUAGCCAAAGUUGAAAGCCAAAAUACUGAACAUUUGCUUCAAUAAAAUAUUUUAACAUUAAAAAGAAUGAAGACAUUAUCGGAAAUUGAUUUACAUAAACAAGUGUAUAUAUAUAUAUUAGCCAGUUUAAUCAUAAUAAUAAUAACUAUAAAUACAUUUAAAAUAUUGUGGUACCGGCAAAUGUAAACUCCGCUAUUAUGUGUAUAGAU